CGCGCAGCCUGUCCGGUAGGAUGGGACCAGAGCAGUAGCCACAUAUCCGUGCAUGCCUGACCGCUAGACUACUUCCUGGAUGAAAGAAUGGGACAUUUCCAGCACCACUUUUCUGCUUCAGCCUCCGUCUCGCUGACGCCGCGGAUAAUCACUUAAUAAUGACCACGUAUGAUCAAUAAUAUUCGACCACUUUUUCCUGUAGUUAAAGACAGCGAUUGAUUGCCGAUUGACCCCUCUACACUUCGGGAAUGUCGCUAUCUGGAAGCCUGCAGCAGACACGGAGGAGUCCAACAACAGAUUUUGAAUUGUUUUCGUUUUGCCGUAGUGAGCUUAACGCUUUAUUCCUCGAAGCUACGAGCAGCCUCUGCUCACACUGGAGGCGAGAAAAUUUGUCUUUUUGAAAGCAGUGACUGUAUCCUGUGACCGCCAACCAUUACUUUGAUGCUCUGCCUUCGUGGCCGCUGUUCCAACUUCGUUCCAGCUUCGGUAGUGUGUAUGUGAUUCUUUUUUAAGGAGGAGAAGAAGAAAAGACACGCAAACUUAAUCACCCGUUGCCUUCUUGUUGCUCUCGAUGAGUAGUCUAACAUGCGGAAAAUACGGGAACCGAGUUACUGGUGGAUUUUAUCCUUAAUGUUUUUAACCUUGCCCGAACACAAAGACUGUCAACCUGUUGCAUCGGGUGACCAAGCUCACCUCACUGGAGGCAGCCAUGCUGGAAAUACAGGCGUAAUGAGGGAGAGGAGGACAGCUGGUGACCCCUACUGGUCCUAUUCAGGAAGCCAUGGACCCCGAGGCUGGGCAGCCUUAUACCCAGAGUGUGCUGCAAAGAACCAGUCACCUGUGGACGUUGUAGAUGAACAUGCUUUGGUUUCAGAGGAGUACCAGGAGUUGGAACUUGACAAGUUCAACGUUGAGUCCUCCAACCAGACCACCAUGAAAAACACUGGAAAGACAGUUGCUGUGCUCCUGAAGGACGAUUACUUUGUGAGAGGUGCUGGACUGCCAGGCCGCUUUAAGGCUGAGAAGAUGGAGUUUCACUGGGGCCAGAGUAAUGGAUCAGCAGGCUCUGAACACAGCAUCAAUGGCAGAAGAUUCCCUGUAGAGAUGCAGAUCUACCUUUACAAUUCAGAUGACUUUGACAGCCUCGGCGCUGCCAUCAAGGAAAGACGCAUCAUUGCUGCCAUGGCCGUCUUCUUUGAGCUGGGGCAAAAAGACAACCCAGCUGUGGACCCAAUCAUCCAGGGAUUGAAAGGAGUAGUACAUCAUGAAAAGGAAACCAACCUCAGGUCAUUCAUCUUGAGGGAUCUGCUGCCAUCAUCAGUGGACAGUUAUUACCGAUACACCGGCUCUCUGACCACUCCGCCCUGCAGCAAAGUUGUGGAGUGGAUCAUCUUUUCCAGACCUGUGUAUCUGUCCCACUCACAGUUGGAUGCUUUUUACUCCAUCUUUACAACUGAGCAACAGGACCACGUCAAGUCUGUUGAGUACCUGAGGAACAACUUCAGGCCCCUGCAGGACCUGGACAAUAGGAAGGUUUUUAAGUCAGCUGUAAAAGAUGCAUGGCAGAAAGAUUUGACUGAGAUCCUCGGAAGCCCUCAUAGCACCGAGGCUUCAAGAGUGUGCAGCAGUGCCCCAGUGAACAUGAAGAUCCAGCCGCUGAACCAGACGGCACUGAUGGUGAGCUGGGAACGCCCUCUGACAAUCUACCACCCGCCCAUCACCGGUUAUAUGGUCUCCUACAGCUGGGUGAAACGUGAUGUUGCAGAUGAAAAGACCUUCACCAAGACUGGGGACCAAAGGAUGAAAGCAGUCAUUACUAACGUGUCCCCUGACCUGCUGUACCUGUUCAGAGUGCAGGCAGUAUGCCAGCAUGACCUACGCAGUGACUUCAGUCAGACAUUGUUAUUCAGAGCAAAUACAACGAGAAUCUUUGAAGGAUCCCGCAUUGUGAAGACUGGGAUGCCCACAAUUUCUCCAGCUUCUUCAGCAGACAUGGCUCCCAUCAGCUCUGGUUCCUCCACUUGGACAUCUUCUGGGAUCCACUUCUCCCUUGUCUCCAUGGCAACUGGGAUGGGACCAUCCUCUAGUGGCAGCCAGGCAACCGUGGCAUCAGUGGUAACAAGCACUUUGCUGGCAGGCUUGGGUGUCGGUGGAGGGGUCAUCUCUUCUUUGCCCAGUUCAGUUGGACCCACACAGGCGCCGCAUGCCACCCAGAACCCAACACAUCCAUCCACCUCACCGGCAAAGGCCAAUACUGAACAGACAGCACCUCAGGGUGCUGAGACAGACAAGCAGUCUGAGGACAAACAGGCUGCCCGUGAAGGGGAGGAGGAAGAAGAGGAAGGGGAGAAUGAAGGAGAGCAGGAGGAAGAUGACCAGAAGAAGAAAAAGAACAAGAAUUCACCUGAUAAUGAGGAGAAGCAAGUGAACAGUACUGUAGUUGAAGAGCCUUUAAUUCCUUCCCCCGCAUCUACAGCCAAAGAAAAAGAAGGCGGCAAACCUACAGGUACUGGUACAGCAGUUCCUGUAAGCACUGGUGACAAGCAGCUGGUCAACAUGGAGAAGAAACCUACAGAAGCAAAUGCAGUCUCCACUCAGGAGCCCCGUAAUGACAGUGCCGAGAUGCAGAUCCCCCAGAGCUCUACAGUACGUCCAAAGAUUGAUAGGCAUGGAAAGAGUUCCUGGCCUUUCUCUGUCCACACUGACAGAACACCCCUGUCCAACAUGACACGGCCCCCAAACCCUGGAAUGGGCAGGAUGGUGUGGAUCGUCCCCCUGGUGGUGGUCUCUGCUCUUACUCUGCUGUGCCUCAUCAUGCUGCUAAUUGUGAUGGUCUACUGGAGAAUGACCAGCAUCUGUUCCCUGCUCUGCAGCAAGUACAGGAGGUUUUUCCAGACAGCUCAUUUCUACGUGGAGGAGAGCAGCUCUCCACGGGUGGUGGCCAAUGAGAAUAUUCCCAUCAUUCCUAUACCAGAUGACAUGGACGCCAUCCCUGUCAAGCAUUUUGUUAAACACAUCAUGGAACUCUACAAAAACAACAUGCAAGGUUUCGCUGAGGAGUUUGAGGAGGUCCAACGCUCCACAGUCGACCUGAAAAUCACAGCAGAACAUUCCAAUCAUCCCGACAACAAGCACAAAAACAGAUACAUCAACAUUGUGGCCUAUGACCACAGCAGGGUGAAAUUACGAGCUUUGGCAGGGAAAGAUGCCAAACAUUCAGAUUACAUCAAUGCCAACUAUGUGGAUGGCUACAACCAACCCAGAGCUUAUAUUGCUGCUCAGGGUCCUUUGAAGUCUACGUUUGAGGACUUUUGGAGGAUGGUGUGGGAGCAGAACACUAGAAUCAUUGUCAUGAUAACCAACCUUGUGGAAAAAGGGAGGAGGAAAUGUGACCAGUAUUGGCCAACAGAGAACAGCGAGCAGUAUGGAAACAUUGUGGUGACGCUGAAAAGCACCAAAGUGCAUGCCUGCUACACCCUGCGCCGUUUUCUUAUCAGGAACACUAAGGUUAAAAAGGGUCAGAAGGGGAAUCCAAAAGGGAAGCUAAAUGAACGCACUGUGGUUCAGUAUCACUACACUCAGUGGCCUGACAUGGGAGUACCAGAGUACACCCUUCCCGUCCUCACCUUCAUCAACCGCUCCUCAUCGGCUCGUACUACAGACAUGGGUCCAGUCCUGGUACACUGCAGUGCAGGGGUUGGGCGCACGGGAACGUACAUCGUCAUUGACAGCAUGCUGCAACAGAUCAAGGACAAAAGCACAGUCAGCGUCCUGGAUUUUCUCAAACAUAUACGCACACAACGCAACUACCUAGUCCAGACUGAGGAGCAGUACGUCUUCAUCCACGAUGCUCUGAUGGAGGCCAUCCUCAGCAAAGAGACAGAGGUGCCUGCCUGGCAGCUGCAUAGCUAUGUCAGCAGCAUCCUCACUCCCAACUCUACUGGCCGCACACGGCUGGAGAAACAGUUCAGGCUGCUGACUCAGUGCAACACACGCUCUGUGGAGUGCUUCAGCGCCCACAAAGACUGCAACAAGGAGAAGAACCGCAAUUCCUCAGUGGUUCCCUCGGAGCGAGCGAGGGUUGGACUCACCACUCUGCCUGGCAUGAAAGGAACAGAUUACAUUAAUGCAUCCUACAUAAUGGGCUAUUACAGGAGUAACGAGUUCAUCGUGACCCAGCAUCCUUUGCCCCACACCACCACAGACUUCUGGAGGAUGAUUUGGGACCACAAUGCUCAGAUUAUUGUCAUGUUGCCUGACAACCAGGGUCUGGCUGAGGAUGAAUUUGUUUACUGGCCAAGUCGGGAAGAGGCAAUGAAUUGCAUCACCUUCACAGUCACGCUCAUCAGUAAGGAUAGACUGUGCCUCUCCAACGAGGAGCAGAUCAUCAUCCAUGACUUCAUCUUAGAGGCCACACAGGAUGACUACGUUCUGGAGGUGAGACAUUUUCAAUGCCCUAAAUGGCCAAACCCCGAUGCUCCUCUCAGCAGCACCUUUGAGCUCAUCAGUGUCAUCAAGGAGGAAGCCAUGACCCGAGAUGGCCCCACCAUUGUGCACGAUGAGUAUGGAGCAGUGUCAGCGGGGAUGCUGUGCGCCCUCACCACGCUGUCCCAGCAGCUGGAGGAUGAGGGGCUUGUUGACAUCUAUCAGGUGGCUAAGAUGAUCAAUCUCAUGAGGCCGGGAGUCUUCACUGAUAUAGAGCAGUACCAGUACCUUUACAAAGCCAUGCUCAGCCUGGUCAGUAACAGAGAGUGCAGCCUGAGCCCCAUGCACAUGGACACUAAUGGGGUGGUGGUGAUUGCAGACGAGUCGGACCCUGGAGAGAGCAUGGAGUCUCUCGUCUGAGGACAUUCAUGCAGGCACUUAAUUUGUAAAAAUCCAAGAACUUUUCUGAGGCCUUUUUUGCCAGACUAUUGAUUAAACGAAUAACCUUAUUACUUUUUAUACUGAUAAAAGUUUUUUGAUAUUUAUGUUUUUGUCCUUUAUUUCUUGUCUUAAAUGUUCUCCUGCUGAGCAUUUGCACCUGUUUAAGUUGACAUGAGGAAAAAGCAGCUCUGUCCAGUUUGCACUAUACUAUCAGUGUUACUGCCUAAACCCAGUGAGUGAAACUUUUAAAUUCCGGCAUCGCAACAAAACUGGGAUCUUGGACCGCAUCGAGACCUUGAAGCAUGAAGAUCCGGACGAGGGAAGGCAACCCACUUCCAAUAAAGUCUCAACACAAAACACUCCAUCACCUGCUAACAUAGCCCAGCAUGUAUUUUCUCACUUCAGUCAUACUCUUUUGCGGCUCUGCUCAACGUGGGCGAAGUCUUUUUUUUUUUUCCUCACACAUGAAGAGACUCAUAGCUGCCUAUACAUUAUUGUCCCAGUAUCUCACUGCUGUCUGUAAAAUGUACUUAAUGGCUUAUUUUGUUAAAAGUGUGUUACAACAUCUAAUGUGAACAUUUAUUGCUUUUUACAGGGAUUUAUAUUGUUGUUUUGUAAUAUAUAUAUAUAUAUAAAUAUAUAUAUACACAUAUAUUAUAUCCUUAAUAGCCAGCUGUUAUGUUUUUCUUUUUUUUUUUUUUUUUUUCCUUUUUUUUUCUGUACAUUCUGUACACAUCUUUUGCAUAUUUGUCCACUGGCCUUGGUGAUGAUUCAUAUUUUGGAAGAUUUUGUAGCUUCUCAUGUAUUGCCUACAAAUCUCUAAUCAUGUCCUUUUAUUUUUCCCAGCUUUUGUUGUUGCUUUUUUUAACCUCAGCAGUCCAAGCUCAGCUGUUAUAACCCAUGUAUCUGUACCGACACAAUGAAAUGCCUACAAAAAAAAAAGAAAAAAAAAAAGAAGAAAAAAGUAUUCACUCCACACAAAGUUUUUCAUGUUUUAUUUUACAGCAUUUUAACACAGUUUAUGUAAUUCGCAUUUCGUUUUGACACUGAUCAACACACAAAAAGAGCUGUAGGUCAAGGUGAAAACCAAUGUUGGUGGGCUCAACAAAAUUAAUUCCAAAUGGAAAACAUCAAGUCAGCCCAAAAGUUUUUAUUUCCUUCGUAUUCAGUAGAAGAGUGUUUGAGGACGUGUCUAUCAGCUUUGUGCUUCUGGAUACUUAAGCGUUCUUCUGUGAAAUGCUGCCAAGCUGCUGUGAGUGAUGUGCAAAUCUUUUAAAGACUUGCCUCUAAUUCUCGACUGGACUGUGGUCUACGCUCCGACUUCACCGCUCUAGGACAUGAGACAUUCCUGCAGAAAUACUGCUGCAGCUCUUGCACAGUUUCCUGUAGGAAUUCUUUACGUUUCGCAGUUUUAGUAGAUUUUAAAGCGGAGGAGCAUCCUCUCCGGCCCUCCUGGUGAAGAUGCUAUUCAGUGCCUUGAAAAAAUGUUGUUAAUCCUUGUCCAAUGUUGGAACUUUUUAAGUUAACAUCAGCAUUUUCUUUUGAGUUUUCAUCUGCAUUUAUAAGACCUUUUUUUUUUUUGUCCUGAGAAACUGGAACUGUUGGACUUUGAAAAAAAUGUCAUCACACAGAGGUGUAACUUGUUAUGCAACCAGUGAUGAUUUAAAUCUCAGAAAAGGGGAGAUUCUUCACGAUUUGUGCAAUUUUUUUCAGUGUUGAUUUCCCACAAAUAUACAUGAAUUAAUAUAAUUUUUUUUUUUUUUCUUUUCAACUUUUUCUUUUUUUUUACCUUGACAUAAAAGUCUGCUGAUCAGUGUCCAGAAAAAAAGAGAAAAAAAAAUAAACAAUCUGUAAAUAAAUAAAACAUGAAAAAAUGAGGAGGUGAAAACUUUCUAUACACUGUAGUUUUUUUGGUGGGAUGAUGCUUUAUUUGUAACCAAAGAUGUGGUUCCAGUUUGAAACAAUGUAAGUGGUUUUGUCCUGAGAUCUAUUUAAUCAACAAGAAUUUAAAAUCAAAAUUGUUAAAAGCGUGCAGUACAGAUUUCCAGUGUCAAAGGUGUGAAUUUAACCAGAAUUAAGCAUGUUUCUGUUCAAGCCUCAGGAACUCACCUUCCAGAUAAUCUGACUUUGUGAUGCUUUCCUCACAUUAGAAAAUAAGGUUUCAAAUCCAGACUGUAAAUUGUAUUUUAUUUGGGCCGAUAUUCGUCUCUGCGUUAUUUUGUGGCGAUAAUUAUAAUCCCUUUUCAACCCUG